AUGCCGUCCCCUACGAAAAGGUCGACACGCAGUUCAGCGACUCCCCGCCGUUCCAACCGCAAUAAUGAAACAAACGAAACGCCCCGUCAAGGAAACUCGCAGCUUGAGGCACCUUCGAGUCCCCCAAUGGAAUACCAAUCUUCGUCACCUGGGCCCAGCAACCAGAAUGCUCUCCGUGGAGAUGUAUCAUCGCCAUUUAAGCAGAUGACAAACAGUCAGAGCACACGUGGUCGAAGCGAUAUUCCCAGCUCUCCUUUUGGGCAGAUGGCAGAUACCCAAAGCGACAUCGAUCCCCAGAGAACACCUCGAGCUAACCCAACUACCCCGGCCUUCCAUGGAGGUUCCUCGCCCAUUCGUUAUGAACCCAGCUCCAGUCCUGGAAGAUCUCUACGACAUCAGUCUGAGCUUCGAAGUGAGACCAGCUUAUUCGUGAACUCCCAAGCUGGGUCACCUGCACCUCAUCGACGAGGUGAUAUUAACUCUGAUGCUGCAAGAACACCCCGUGCCCCUCGCCGAGUUAUUCUGGACGAUGCUGGUCGGGUAGUCAGGGAGGCCCCCCCUGUCAGUUCUGAUGCCGCUUCGUUUACAAACAGAGACCCCAACACCUCUGAGGCUGAUGUUCUCGGUGGACAAGGACAAAGUCUUAUUUGGGGUACAACCGUUUCUAUCGAUGAUACUUUUGCAUCGUUCAAGGACUUUCUCCGCAAUUUCACGCAGAAAUAUCGCAUGUACCGCGACGGCGCCUCUGAUGAAGAUGUUCAAAAUGCUCCUGAUGCUGAAGCGAAGCCCUACUGGGAGGCUCUGGAGAAUAUGUUGCUCUUGGGUGCAACAAGACUCUAUGUCGACAUCUCUGAUCUGAACCUCUACCCUCCUACCCGAAAGUUGUGGCAUCAGAUUCAGGCAUACCCCCAGGAAAUUGUUCCCGUCAUGGAUCAGUCCGUCCAUGACAUGAUGGUUGAGAUUGCCCGUGCAGAGACCCUGAGAAACCGCGCGUCACAAAGCAGUGCUGGUCACCAAGCCUCGCAACAGAGCACCCAGAGCUCAGAACCUGUUUUCCCUAGCUCAGAUAGGCCUGAGGAGGCAUCCACACCACGAAACCAACCAGAUCAACAGCAGGCUUCGCUGGAGGAUCAGGUGUCUUCGUCCAUUUAUGUUGUUCGACCCUUCGGUUUGGACAAGACUACCAACCUGCGAGACCUGAAUCCCUCUGAUAUGGAUCGCCUUAUUUGCAUCAAGGGUAUGGUCAUCCGAACAACCCCCGUUAUCCCUGACAUGAAAGACGCUUUCUUCCGUUGCAAUGUUUGCAAUCACUCUGUCAACGUUGGCCUUGACCGUGGCAAGAUUCGUGAGCCCACCGAGUGUCCUCGUGAGAUCUGCAAGUCCAAGAACUCCAUGUUGAUCGUUCACAACCGAUGCUCCUUCGAGGAUAAGCAAGUUAUCAAGCUCCAAGAGACCCCCGAUGCGGUACCCCCUGGUCAAACACCUCACUCAGUUUCAGUCUGUGUUUACAAUGAGCUUGUAGACUUUUGUAAGGCUGGUGACCGUGUCGAGCUGACGGGUAUCUUUCGCGUUAGUCCUGUUCGUGUUAAUCCUCGCCAACGUGCUCUCAAGAGUGUGCAUAAGACAUAUGUCGAUGUUUUGCAUAUUCAAAAGGUUGACAAGAGACGCAUGGGUGCCGACCCCUCCACGCUUGGUGUUGCUGGCGAGGAGGAUACCGAAGGUGGAGAGAAUGGCAUCGAAGAGACCCGAAAGAUCAGCGUCGAGGAUGAGGAGAAGAUUCGGGAGACAGCCGCUCGUGACGAUAUCUACGAACUUCUUGCUCGUUCCCUGGCCCCCUCGAUCUACGAAAUGGACGACGUCAAGAAGGGUAUCCUGCUGCAACUGUUUGGCGGUACCAACAAGACGUUCCAUAAGGGUGGUAGCCCCAAGUAUCGUGGUGAUAUCAAUGUCCUCCUUUGCGGUGACCCUUCGACCGCCAAGUCACAGAUGCUCUCGUACGUGCACAAAAUUGCUCCUCGUGGUAUCUAUACUAGCGGUAAGGGAUCCUCCGCCGUUGGUUUGACUGCGUAUGUUACGCGUGAUCCAGAAACCAGACAGCUUGUUCUCGAGUCUGGAGCUCUGGUUCUGUCAGACGGCGGUGUCUGCUGUAUCGAUGAGUUUGAUAAAAUGUCGGAUGCUACACGCUCCGUACUCCACGAAGUAAUGGAGCAGCAGACCGUCUCAGUUGCCAAAGCUGGUAUCAUUACUACUCUUAACGCACGAACCAGUAUUCUCGCCUCAGCAAACCCUAUCGGCAGUCGUUACAACCCCGAUCUCCCCGUCCCCCAGAACAUCGAUCUUCCACCUACUCUUCUCUCUCGAUUCGAUCUUGUGUAUCUCAUCCUGGACACUGCUAACGAGAAGACCGAUCGCCGCCUGGCUAAGCAUCUUCUGUCGCUCUACCUUGAGGACAAGCCCCAGUCGGCCCCUACCGACAACGACAUUCUGCCUGUCGAGUUCCUCACCCUUUACAUCUCAUAUGCGCGCUCCAAGAUCCAGCCUACUAUCUCGAAGGAAGCUGCCGAGGAACUGGUCGAGUGCUAUGUUGCCAUGCGUUCUCUAGGACAAGAUGUUCGUGCCGCCGACAAGCGUAUCACUGCAACCACCCGUCAGCUCGAGAGUAUGAUUCGUCUCGCUGAAGCCCACGCAAAAAUGCGUCUUGCCGGUGUUGUCACCCGUGCCGAUGUCCAAGAGGCCAAUCGACUUAUCCAGAGUGCCUUGAAGACCGCUGCCACAGACUCGCAGGGUCGCAUUGACAUGAGUCUCCUCACUGAGGGAACCAGCGCUGCCGAUCGCAAGCGUCGCGAUGAGCUGCGCACUGCUCUACUGCGCCUCCUGGAUGAGAUGACAGCUGGUGGCAACACAGUCCGAUGGGGUGAUGUUGCUCGCAGACUGAGUGAAGGUGCCAGCAUUACCAUUGAGCAAUCUGAGUUCAACGAAGUGAUGAGGGCUUUGGAGACCGAGAAUGCCAUUAUGAUCAUGGGCGAGGGUGCAAGAAGAACCGUCCGAAGGGUGACGUCUGUUUCAUAA